AUGAGUUCUCAGGCCAUACUUCUUGCUUUGCUUUCUAUAGUUUCUGCUCAGUGUGUCACCUCUGAGGCUCCAGAUGCUGCUGAUGGCCCAUUAUUCGCAUCAAUUACUGCUGUUGAGAGCAAUCUUGACAUCCUUAACAGCCUUGUACAGUCAUGGUCAAAGUAUGAUGGUAUCUUGGGUGCGAUAGACAUCCAACAGAACUUCUACCCUCUCUACAGAGCUUGUACAAGCUUGAACGAUCAAGCUGGCAAAUUGACUGUUGUCGAGUCCAAGAACGUUGCCAACUACAUCAGCUCCAUGAACGGGCUUGUCGCUGAGAUUAGCACUCUUAUUGGAUCUUUGAAUGAGAAGGCUAAUGAUAUGAUCAGUGUUGGCGCUGGCAGUAUCGUCUCCGGUGAUAUUGUCUCUCUCGCUGGCCCCGCCUCUGACAUUGAGGUUAAGCUUUUUGCCAAUCUACCUUCUGAUGCUCCCUGCAUCCAGAUCGCUUCUGCUGCUGAGGUGGCUUCCAACAUGGAUGCAGCAUACAAAAAUGCUGCUGCCUCAUACACCAUCACCAAGGGUAUUCCUGAGUUCCCUGCUGCCCCUAGUGUCUGUUCUAGUUAUUGCACCGAAAGUUCUGCAACUCCUACUUCUUCUCCUGCCACUUCGAGCACCAGCCCUACUACCCCGGGCACCAGUUCUACUACCCCGAGUAGCUCUCCUGCUGCUCCUGCCAGCUCUUCUCCUGCCGAUGGCAAGUCGUCUACUGCUCCUGCCAGCUCUUCUCCUGCCGAUGGCAAGUCGUCUACUGCUCCUGCCAGCUCCUGCCCUACCGAUUGCAAGUCGUCUCCUGCUCCUGCCAGCUCCUCUCCUGCCGAUGGCAAGUCUUCUGAUGCUCCUGCCAGCUCUCCUCCUGCCGAUGGCAAGUCCUCUGCUGCUCCUGCCACCUCUUCUGCUGCUUCUGAGGGUCCAUGCGUUACUUCUGCCCCUGCCCAGCCGAUUCAGCCAGCCUUUGGCUCCUCUCUCGAUGCGGUUAUCGCACCUCUUACUUCUCUCAACGCACUUGUCGAGAAGUGGUCAGUAGCUGAUGGUCUUCCAGGUGGUUUGUCCAUCCAAGAGGGCUACCAACCUCUUUACGAUGCCGUUAUGAACCUCAAGCAAGCCGCUGGUGGGCUUACAAGCUUCGAGGCCGACGACACUGUUGGCUACAUCCAGACGUUCGGUGCUCUUGUUAGUGAUAUCAGCGCUUUGCUUGGCAAUCUUAACGCCAAGGCCCAAGACUUCACUGCGGUUGGUGCUGCCCAGAUUGUUCAGAACGAUAUCUCUUCUCUCGCCGGCCCUGCUUCUGAGAUUGCUGUUUCCAUUUUCAACCAGGUACCUACCGACGCUCCCUGCCCCGUCGUCACCUCUGCUGGCGCUGUUGGCUCUAGCCUUGGUGCUGCUUUCUCAAGUGCUGGUGCGACAUUCAGUGUCCCGAAUGUCCCUGAGUUCCCUGCUGCCGCUACCGCUUGCUUGACCUACUGCGGUGGUGAGACAGCUGCUCCUACCGGCCCUGCCGCGCCCAGCACACCUCCUAGCUCUGCCACCGCUCCCGCUGGCAACGCUACUACCUCUGGUGCUCCGGAUGAAACUGUGACCACUGUUGUCACCGCUUUUACCACCUACUGCCCUGAGCCUACCACCUUGUGCCCUGGAAAUGGCAAGUGCUACACCGUUACUGAGCCCACCACUUUGACGGUCACUGACUGCCCCUGCACCAUCCCCGAGGAAAGGGAAACUACAACUACCGUUGUCACUGCUAUUACUACCUACUGCCCUGAGCCUACCACCUUGUGCCCCGGAAAUGGUAAGUGCUACACCGUCACUGAACCCACUACUUUGACGGUCACUGACUGCCCCUGUACUAUCACCAAGAAGGAAGAGGCUACCACACACAAGGUCACUGCUGCAACUACUUUGACGGUCAACGGUGGCGCCAAGACCCAUGCUCCUGAGGCUACUGCUCCCGUUGCCACUCUCCCUGUCGAGCAAGGCACUGGUGUGACUCCUGCCAACGGCGCUUCUAGCCUCGCCGCUGGUUUGUAUGUCGCGGUCGCAGGUAUUGCCGCUAUCGCUCUGCUUUAA